AUGCUUCUCCAACUUGAAAUUGUGAGUUCUCCAAAUUUAUAUUCGAAAAAUACGAUUCUUUUAGAGUGGACUUCUCGUAAAGCUUUUUGUCAUUUUCGGAUCGGCUGCAAUUAUUUUCUCUGCUGUGUACCUAAGCUAUCGAGCCUGGAAAAAGGUAAUAAUUGCUGGAAUGUUCCCUUUUUGAUCCCACUUCACUGAGAAAGUAUUGCCGAAUUCGUUAACUACAGCUUGAAGAUCUAUGAAAUGGCUCAUAGGCGUUUUCAUCCCAUGGCCGCUUCCCUCUAUGCUCAAUGCCAUCGCGCGCGAGUAGUUUUCAGUCGGGUGCAUGACCCUUUUUCCUGAUAUAACUUUCGAUAUUCCAGAAAAAGGAAGAACAAGAAGGGACGAACUACCUUUGCGAUGCCCAAGAAAGCCCACCAAACUACGAAUCGACAAUAACAGAAGACAAUGGAGAAGAAAUGAUUGAAAUUAGAACUAGUACGAAAAAAUCGAAAAGUUCUCCAUUUUUCGGGGGCGUAAAUCUACCAACUAUCGAAGAUACGACUGAGGAAGACAAGAGGAAGCUUGAGGAACGAGAAAGACGUUUCGAAGAACUGAGAAAAAUUCAUGAAGACGAGGAGAGAAGGCUUAGAGCUGAAAUCGAAGAACUUCAUGUGAAAAUUGAGCGAAACCGAAGAGAAAAAAGACGUGAUUUUUAACUUAUUCUCUUUUUUUCUUAGUUAAAAUGACCUCGGAAAACGUGUUAUAGAAUUACCAUGCUCCUAGAUGAUUAGGCUGAGAGAAAGAGAUCAUAGAUAAAAUGAAGAGACGCCAGACGGAGGAGGAUUCUCACUUUCUCUAACGUCUCUUUAGUUAACUAUACUCUCUCGCUUCAGCUAUUUUUCGCUUUUUAUCGAUUGUCUCUACGUGCCUUCUUUUCAUGAAUUAAAUUUCAAGCUUUAUGAAUUUAUUUUUUUUAUUCUGAAUAUUCUUUAGAAAUAAUUUUUGAUCGAAAUUUGAAUCUAUAUUUUGAUCUUUUCUAUUAUCUAAAAAUUUGUCUGAAGUCGCAGAUUUUUAUAGUUUUUAGAAUCCGUAUUUCAUUUAUCAAUAAAGUUUGCCUCUCUUCAAAUCUUCCUAUCUUUUUCAAUCAACUCGUUUAGACGGGAAAUAUCUAAUUUUUUUAAAUCCAUAUCCCAUAAAGUUUUCAAGACAUGGACGGAGAUGAUCCGGACGAUUUCUCGAAUUUGACGGAUUUAUUCGAGGUAUAAACUAUUCGAAAAGCUUAGAGCGCACGUGAAAUGGCUAUCUAUAUGCGACCGACCCAAAGCGACUUGCGCGAAAGGGCAUAGAAAACCGUUUAUGCGAACCGCAACGCUGUGAGCCGUUCCACGUGCGACCAAGACUUGUUUUGGAGCCAAUAACUUUUUCAGAACUCGACAUUAGAUGAACAGGAUUUGAGUUCUGGUUUAUCUUCUAAUGACUAUCGGGUGAGACUUGUUUUCUUUUGAAAAACAAAGAACAUGAUCCCUAUAGGGGACAUGCUAGUCGAUCAUUUUUAUGAAUUCUAUUCGAGAAAAUAAAGAAAAAUAACCCUUUUUGAAUAAAAUUGAAAGACCCCUGUAGGGAACAUUCAAAUUUUACCCCUAUAGGGACCAUUAAAGUUUUGGGGGUUGGUCAGAACCUAAACCCUAUAAAGACCACUUUUUCGGCCCCUUUAAAAGCUGUUUUUCCGCCCUAACUCCUAUAGGGACCACUAUAAAACUCUUAAAAAGUGUAUUUCAAGGUUUGAAAACGGGAUUUCAGCGCAUUUCAAUACAUGAUCAACAAAACUUGACAUUUCCAACCACGAACCCUCCUCCUACAACAACCAUAGCGCCUUAUUCUCCAUUUCUCAUUUGGGUUGAAGUUCUGAGACAUCAAAAGUAAAUAAUUGGCAUCAUUUUCAGAUAAUUAUUGGUUCAUCCGUCCUUAUUUUGGCAUUCAUCACAGUUGUGGCUUCAGUUAUAUUCGGGCGAAUGUUGAGGAAGAAAAAGAAGAAUGGAUCGAAUCGAGCGGUAGGAGUUCGAACUUACAGAGAAGGGCAAAUAGAACUCUUUGACGCGUGGAAUCUGAAAAAGCGUUUCACUACGCACCCGACUCAAAACUACUUGCGCCAAAAAGUAGCUUCAACGUUCAACCGCGACCCAUCGAAUCAUUCUACAUGUGACCGAGAAAUUUCAAAAGAAAUUGAAAUUCAAAAUUUACACAACUAAAAUUUGCUCCACUUGUUCCGAAUAAAUACAUUUUUUAAACUCAAAAUGGUGAUUUUUCAGGAAAACAGGACAACGAACGAAGGAUUUAGAAACUUGGGAAAGAACGCUGAAAUAUCUGGAUCUUGCCUAUCUCCUUUGUUGAACAAGCCAACCUCGGAACCUGACUACGAAUCAACGACGACGACACAAUUUUCGGACACAUUCAACAUUCCUCAGCUUAGGUAAUUGCAUUGAUCCGAAAUUUUUGAACGAAAGGCGCUGGUAUUGUGGAAAAAUGGCACGAAGACAAGUCAAUAGCGCUCCAAAGCUAAAACUAUCCAAAUGGUUGAGAAAUGAAACAUCCCAAGAUAAUUUGUCGAAAAAUUUCCGAAAAAAAAUUCUUUAUUUCACAUUUCCUCAAAAACUUCGAAACUCUGAGUCGCAUUUGAAAUGACUCAAGACGCAACCGACCCUAAACUACUUACGCCAGGGCGCCUUGAAAAAAAAUUAAAGUAAUUUUUUAUGAGUAGACGACUCUUCGAGCCGAAAUGCGACCAAAAGAGUUAAGAAAAAAGUCUCAAAUUCAAAAAUUUCUGUUUUUGGGUUCUUUCUGAAGAAGAUAUUUUGCUUCUUGAGACGAUAACCAGGGAAACCGCCAAAUGAUGUUUUUUGAACUUAUUCAAACCGAAACCAACUUUUGCAGUAGCCUGUCAUUCUCGGAACUCGCCAGGGAACCAAAAAAAGACGAAAAUGCAGAAAAGUUUCAAAGUCUCUCCUAUCGCAACAAAAUGGCCGAGGAAGAGCUCGAAAAAGAAAUUGAACAGGAGCAGGGAAAGCUGGAGAAUGAGCGGAGAAAGCGAGAAGAAAAUCGGCAAAAAACCGAAGAUUUUCAACAAUUUUAUGAAGAGCUUAUGGCUCGCGUGGAGCUGGAAAUGAAGGAAAUGUACCGGAUUUUGGAGUUGGUUCGAGUUCAAACAGCUCGAAACAAAAUCGUGGAAAACGAGUGGCACCAGUUCUUCUCGAUGAUGAGCCGAAUGCAAAAACCGAUCGAUGAGGUUUUUGAGGCGCUCAGAAAAGAUGUGAGAUUCAGACUUACUUCCAAAAAUGAAUAAAUAUAUAACAUAAUUCUUCAGAUCACGGUUUUUUUCAAAGUUCUGGAGGCUCUACAGAGGAUCGAAAAAUGAAAAAUUGAGGUAUUUAAUAUGAAAAAUGGAAUCGAAACUCAAUUUCUUUUUUUCUUUUUGAACUUCAGAAUAUCUAGACUAGAACAACAGAAAAUUAUUAAGCACCCGGCUUUUUAUUUUGAAAAAUCACGUUUUCUGGAAAUUAAAGAGAAUAAAAUUUAAAUACGCGAUAAUUUUUGGAUUAAUUAAAGACUUACACACACUGUAAACACCGUUAACUUCAAAAUACACCGAAACAUAAAUUAUUCCAACUCUUGGGGUAAUUUCUUCUUCCAAAAUGCAAUUAUAUAAAAAACAAUUUUUCAGAUACAACUUGAAAAGCUCGCAAAUUGCCUCGAGAAACAAAUCAACGCAAUGAAAAAAAUUGAUACGAAAAUGGGGAACCUUUUCAACACCCACCAAAAACAUUUCUUGGUUGAUAUCCAGGUUUUGAUUGAAUAGAAAAACAGUAAAAGGAAAACCUCUUCCAGAUCUCCGCGAAUGAAGUGAAACAACCAGCUGAUGAAUUUUUGACGGCUGUGCAUGCUGCUGAAAAAGCGAUAGUAAGGAAAACGAACUGAUAAAAAACGAAUAAAUAAAUUAUUUCAGAGAGAAAGCAACAUCAUACAGCAGGACCAACUUCAAGAAGCUCAUAAAAAAUUGAGAAAAGCCUCUUUGCACAUUCCUACUGUCAUGAAACUCAAAGAAAAGUACAAAGAUUGGAAACCUGAAUAA